AUGGCAGAAUCUGUUUUAUCGUUUUUUGAGUUGCCGUUGUUGACACAAGAAAAAAUCUUGAAAUAUUUACCUUAUAGUGAACUUAGUCGAAUACGGAUUGUCUCAAAGCGUAUGCAUCAUUUAUGUAGUGGUAUUUUAAAUCGAUCCUAUUAUUUAUUAGAACCAUUUAUCCAAGAACUUCAACGUAGUAUCAAAUCUAAAUUACCACGACGAGAAUCGGAAAGACACAAACAUCCAUUGUCAUAUAAAUUUGAUACAAUUUCAUCAUUAGAUUCAAGAAUACAAUGGUUAAAACUAACAUUUAAUUCAGCGAUUGGAAAUGGUUUAUGUUGUUUUUAUCCUGGAAAACUUCUCGAUGAAAUAUAUAUUGUCAUACGUCAUUUACAAUUACAACAAAUAUGUCCAAAUCCGAGAUCAAUUUUGCAAGAAGUAAGAGAUAUGUCAUCAAUGGCUAUUGAACAUUUUCGAGAACACAUUGAACCCAAAUUACAACAAACCAAACUUAUGCCAUUAACAAAUUCAUUAGGAGUAAAUAGUUCCUUUUCACUAUUCUCGACACCGACAUCAACAUCGGUCUCAUCAUUGAGACAUCAACUGGCACCACAAUUGCGAAAACAUCAUACUAUGUUAAAGUCAUCAAAUGCAUUGUUACGUGAACAAAUCAAUGUUCUUAGAAAAUCUGUUCAACAACAAAACAUGCUGAUUUGCAGUAAAAACUAUCAGUUGGGAUUAUGUCGUCGAUUAUUACAAUAUCGAACACGAUCAGUUUUAAAACAAAGUUAUCGUAUUAAACGUUUAGAAAAAAAUCUUGUACAAACAAAUCAUAUUUUAAACGAAACACGUCAAAAGUUUGAUCAAUUUUUGGUAUUAUACAAUAGUAACAGGGACAAUAGUAAUAGUCGAGAAGAUAAUGAUACAACGGCUAAUAAUAAUGAUAAUAAUGACAAUGAGCAAGAAAAAAACUCAAUAACGUUAAAACAUAAAAAUGAUGAUGACGAUAACGACGACAAAACCGAUGAGAUUAUUUAUUGCUCGACGGAUGAACAAGAAGAGAGACGAAAUUGUUUUACAAUGACAAAAAAUAAUCGAAAACGACAGAAAUUAUAA